AUGGAACAGAGGGUGUUAGCUAUUCACAACAAAUCUCUGAAGCGUAAACGUGACGAAUCUGAUUUUAGCGAAGAGUCGCUUUCACCACUAUCAAAUGUUGCUCAACACGAUGCAGAUGGCGAGAAUUAUGAUCAGGGCGAUGUGAAGACACCUGGAGCUUGUCUGGACGGAACAGUGGCAACUAAAUUUCGGGACCUCGAUAUACAAUGCGCGAGCUCCACAAAUGCGAAGAUUCAACAAAUACCUCCGGAAGGUGGCUAUGUGCAGCCUCAGAGGCCCGAAAAUGCACAAAAGCCACAUGCUCUAGAUGCUUCCACAAACGCACCAACCACAAGUACGAAGAAAGCCAUAUCGAAUGAGGAUAUAAACAAAGUCAAUAUAGCAGACUUUACCAAGGGAUCUUCAUCAUCUACCGGCCAAAUUCACCCGGAUAUUGCAGAUUGCUCGCGCCCAGGCUCACCGCCUCCUCAAUGCUCCGAGACUAGCGAUACUGAGAAUUAUGAAGAAUCGCUGACUUGGGAUGACUCAGAAAUAACGGGCCAUCAUGCUACGGAUCCAAACGAUGACGGGUAUGGGCUUAAUGGGGUCGGGUUUAAGCCCUCAGCAGAAGUAGCGUGGGCUAGAUCUCAGCAUCGAAAGGACCAGGUAGCUAAAUGGGAGAGACGCCAGGCGAACGAGGCACGCGAAGCACGGAGUAGGCGAAGACAAAGGAAUGACGGCGGUAGCCCCGCUAUUACGAUAGCAAAGAGCGCUCCCAAACAGAAGAAAGUCAAAUUUGAUGCAUAA